AUGACAAAAUGUCACAAAAUAUAUCCAAAGAGAUAUGUAUAUCAUAAUCUUCUUCAAUUUGACAUGUUGGGUAACGGAUUAGUUGAGAAGGAUGAAAAUGGUCAAGAAAUACAUCAUAUUUGUGAGCUCAAGGUGGCUGUAAGAUGUAUGACAGAACGUCUUGAAAUCGAGCUUGCAGCUAAUAACUUGCAUCAUAUUAUGCGAGUUGUUGAUAAUACAAACCAUUUGUUCACAAUAUUAGAUGACAUUGAGAUAGUGCAACGUAGAUGGCUAUGUGAUCCAACAUGGCGUGGAUCAAAACCAUGGACAUUAUUUUUCAAUAGUCGUUUAAAUUUGCUGCCAUCAAGAUAA